UUUUUCGGUAAAAAUGCAAGUCGCAAGAAGAACACUUAUUUUCAGAAAGUUAUCAAGUCAAUUGUUGUCUAAGAAAUUCUAUUAUUUCGACAAUUUUAAUAAAAAUGAAACUUUUCUAUUUUUUCAUACCAUUGGUUCUUGUUUAUGUUUCGGCAACCGAUGAAGAGAGAUAUAAGAUGGAAGUUUUCAUUACAAAUGAAAUGAUCGAGCUUGCCUAUAAUAAGAAUGAUUUAAUUGUAGAGGAAUAUUCUGGAGCAAAUGGAUUGGAAUAUGUAAUUGAAAAUAUGGUCAAUGAUGAAAAUGAUUACAAUUCUUUCGCCAAAAUUAAUUUUAUGAUCGCUAUACCGGAUGAAACCGAUAUUGUCAUACUUAUACCGGGAUUGGAAUACCUUCAUGCACGUUUGAUAAUGACAAAAUGCAGGCGUUACCAGAAUGAUAUGCAACACGAAUUGGGAAUUACAUUAAACAUUGGAUUUCCUGAAUUUCCUUAUGGCAAAGAUUUUAAAAGCAUGAAUUUGACAAUUCUUGGAGAAGAGAGAAGACAUUUUGUUAAACAGGCUUUACAAAAUAUAUUCAAGCGUAAAUUAGGACCCAUGUAUGACCAGUUUAUAUUGCAACUAGAAAUUAGAGAUACAUUAAAUUCGGAACACUUAAAUUUGACCACUCUUACAGAAGGGAGAAGAGUUACUGGAACAUCGAUAGAAAGUUCAAUCAGACACGUAUUAGGAACUGAUAUCGCUGAUGUUAAUCAAGACCAAACUAGAUCUGUUCAUGGUGUGUCUUUAUUACGGAUGUGCCGUUUGAUGGGAAUAUACUUGAGUACACGAUUUCCAACGUCAUACAUAAAAGACCUUUGGGUUGACCCCAUGAUUAUGACUUGUACUCUGGAUGAAGGAGAUAUACAAAGAAGAUUCAAACAAAUUAAUGGCGUAUGGUGGCAAAUAAGCUCAACAACUUCAAAAGCAGUAUUAACUGAAAUUUAGACCAGCAAUGGUAUAUUCUUCUAAAAUUGUGUAAUGCAUUAUAUAUAUUUUUAUUUUGCACUACAUGCUGUCAAUUAAUUAAAAUUAUUAUAUAUUGUUAUUAUUAUUGAAAUAUUACAAACAUAAUAUACAUAAUUUACAAUAUAUGAUUAAUACAAGAAAAAGUUUGUCUCCAAAAGCUUGAGUUUGUGGAGGGACAAUGGUUCACAUCUUAUGUCUUAAAUUUACAUAUUUUUAUGUUAACAAUAAUCUUAAAUAAAGAUGAGAAACACCAGUAAAGUAUUAAAUUAUAAUGAUAAUUUUACA